CACCCUAUUUUUGUGGUGGCUUAAUCUCAAAUUCCUCUGGGAUACUGCAAAGUCCCUUCUACCCUGGAAGUUAUCCAAACAAUGUGGAUUGCGUGUGGGAGAUACAAGUAGAGAACAAUUUCCGCGUUAUGCUCACAUUUAGAGAUAUUAUAAUGCAAAGAGGCAGAUGCCGGUAUGACUAUGUUGAAGUCUAUGAUGGGCCUCCACACUCAUCCCCGCUUCUUGGGAGACUUUGCUCUCGUUCCCUUCGCACAUACAUAUCCUCUUCAAAUAUGAUGACCGUUCGCUUUCACAGUGAUUCUAGACACACCUUCCGAGGGUUUCAGGCUCACUACUCCUCCAUUGCAGCACAUCACAACACUACCCUUCUGUGCUUGCCAGACUACAUGCACGCGGUGGUUAGCAGAGACUAUCUGGAGUCUCAAGGCUACUCGGCGCACAUGGUCACACUGAACGACCGUCGCUGUAAACCAACAGUCACGUCACGCGAGGUUAUAUUCAACAUUCCCUACGACGGCUGUGGGACGACGCAAGAGGAGAACAGUGAUACAAUCAACUAUUCCAACGUGAUCAAAGUCACAUCUUCUGGGUACAUAAUCAGGAGGAAAAAGGAUAUUCACUUACAUAUCAGUUGCAAAAUGCUGCAGAACACAUGGAAACAAAUAAUGUAUGUUGCUGAGGAUGCUGUAGACGUGAAUGAAAAUCAGUUUGGAAGAUAUGACAUAAACAUCACUUUUUAUGAUUCCUCAUCAUUCUUGCGGCAAGUGCACGACUCUCCAUACUACGUUGACUUGAACCAGAAUCUAUACCUUCAAGCUUAUCUUCACAGCUCUGACCCAAAUCUGAUCGUGUUUGUGGACACGUGUGUGGCGUCACCUGAUCCUCGUGAUUUCAACACUGUGGCCUAUGAUAUAAUCAAGAAUGGCUGUGCUAGAGACUCUUCCUAUGCCACGUACUACUGCCCCUCCAGCCACUUUGCUCGGUUCAAAUUCAAUGCCUUUGAGUUCAUCAGCCGCUAUCCGUCAGUUUACCUACGGUGUGAGCUGCGAGUGUGCAGACUCGGGGAUUACUCCUCCCGCUGCUACCGGGGCUGUGCUGGCAGCAAGUUCAAGAGAGAUGCAAGUUCUGCCCAGGAAAAAGUGGAUGUGCUUGUUGGACCACUUCGGCUUCGACAAGGAGGUGCUCAGAGUACGAGUGCUGGGAUCAGUGUCAUUGCCAACCGCCUGGGGAAGCCUGGUGCCUGCAAACACAAGGAUGCCGAGAACGGGGAGCGGGUGGAGGCCACUGUCUUUGCUCUUCUCAUACGAGCUUUCCGGAGGCUGCAGUUAAGGUUCUUGUUAUCACCUCCUCCACCCUCAGAGAAGAUGCACCAACCAUCAUUUGGCAGUUUUUUGCUUUGA